GCUAAAUAGUAGGUUGUAAACUCGUAGACAUUAAACAUUAUGAUAUUAUUAUUAUUAAAUUAUUAUAACGGAUUCCAAGGGUUCGUGUAGAAUCAGAGGGUGUCGGUGAAAACCAAACGGCCUAGGCGAUAAUUUAUAUAUUACGUGAGAAUUUUAGAAUUUGUACGCCAAAACAAACAUCGUAUGCAAUAUUAUAUUAUUAUCACAAAACUUGUGAUAGCAAAAAUAAUAAUUUAUUGUAAUCAAGUAAAUUUAAAGGACAGCGAAACUUAACUGCGACUUUGUGUUUGAGCUUCGAAAUAAUUAUGAGCUUUCACGUGCGUCGAUGAUGCACUGUCCAAUCUUUACCAUAUUAGUGUCCUGUGGAUAUUAAAUAUUUUUUAUUUAUUUCCGAUAGUUGCAAUUUAUGAUCUCGACUUUUUUUUAUCGUUUUAACUGGUUUCAAUAAUAUUGAUGUCUGCCUAAUCGGUGUCUAAUGAGUUUAUUCUACUACUGAAAAUAUGAGCAUUCGUCGAAGAUGUCAUUCCAAUUCAUUCGUACAUUUACAAGUGAAUCGCUUAAGGCCUAUGACAGGCUGUCCCCGCGAAGAUCAAGACAGAGCAGAUUGGUACGAUUUGUGUGAUUUUCUGUGUGAAUAAAUGAGAGGAAGAAUUGUCACAACGCCAUAGUUAGUAACCUUACCUAGGUAAACUUACCUGUGUGGACUUCAGGUGAAUGGAGAAAAAAUUCUUUUGCACAUUCCUUAUUAUAGAGCACAAAUGUCUAUACUUCAAUAUCAAGAGGACAGUGAUUUUGACGAAGCAUUUAAAAAUUUAUUACAACCCGUUGAAUCAAUUACAAAAAAAGAUUCAUGUGAAAUUAUGCAAUAUGAUCUUAUUAAGGAACUGGAUUCGUAUUCAAAUCACUUGAGAAAAUCUCCAAACGGUAGUUCCACAGUCUUUGUAGAAGCUGCUAUAAUCAUUCAAAACAUUUCACUUAUUUAUCAAAAAAGAGUUGAUGAGACAAUCAGUUCCAUGAUGAAACUUAUUGGAAAAUUCCGAUCUUAUCGAUUAAAUGAAAAUAUUGAUCCAGAUUAUUAUGCAGAGAAGAGGGUAGAAAAUAAAAUCAAAAAAAAUAGUAAAAAGGUCAAAUGUUUUUCUUUUUUUGGACCAAUUGAAGGUCAAAUUGUUGGAACAUUGAAAAAUUUUGACUGCAAGCAAAUCAAUGUGAGGGAAUUACCACAUGUAAAAAAAAUUGUAUUGAACACCAAUAUCAAAGUAGAUAAUAAGUACAGUAAGAUAUUGCCUUAUAUUUGUAAUGCAAAUAAAGAAAAUAUUGGGAAAAAAUAUGACUUUAAGAUUAAUUUUCCUUUGGAUUAUGAUUUAGCUGUAAGUGAAGAAUUUUAUUGUCCCACUAAAGAAGAUUCAACAUUUAAAAAUCCUAUCAAUUAUCAAAAUAACACUAACAUAUUACCGAUGAAUUUAUUGGAUGCUGAUGAAAUUCUUCCAACUGCUUUCAACUCGAUAAUUAUUGAUCAGAAUGAUAUCAAUGAAGUUUUCGUUCCUAACAGAAUUUCAUCAAAUUCAAUACAUGUAUUAAAUGUUAGUCAAAUAACUCAAAAUGACGACAAUCCUGGAGUUCAGGUUUUCAACGCCAAGCGUAAUAAUUUUACAGAUAAGCCCCAUGUGAAAAAAAAGGACCUCAAAAUAAAAAAUGGAGAAAUGAUGUCACCUAUGCAUAUGAAUGGCACAGAGUUGCAUUUCUUAGUUCAUGACGAGGAAAUGGAAGAAAUAUUGAGAAUUGGUGAAUCAAAUGAAAACGUCCAAACUUAUCAAAGGAAUGCAAUAGAUAUGCAGAACUAUGAAAAAAAUAUAAUGGAGACGACAAAUGAACCGUUAGAAAUGCAAAGACGAGUUGUAGAAUGGCAUUAUAAACUUAAGCCAAUUUUAGAAAAAGAAGAAAAAAUGAUUGAAUUUGAUGUACAUGAAUACGGAACACGUAUUUUGAGCUGUUUUGAAUCUAUUGGGGAACAAAAAUUGUUCACAGAUUUAGUUGGAGGGUUAGACGAAGUAGAAGUUGCUCGAUAUUAUUUGUCUUUAUUAAUGAUGAUUAAUACGAAUAAUUUGGAGUUAUCAAAUCAUAUUUCUGGAGAAGAUUUUUUGGUAAAACUAUUAAAAAAAGACCGUCACCAUGAAGAACUUCAAGUUAAUAUUGGCAAUCAAAUGACCCAACGUUUGUAAUGUACACUUUUUUUUUUAAUUUAACUUAUUCAUAGCUACAAUAUAAGUCUUAUUAACCUGUUAACUUUUUUUUAUUUGACAAACAAAAUUAUUAUAAUAAAAUAAAAAUUAAUUUUAUAUUUA